GCAAGGACAGAAACCGAGCAACGCGUCAGAGCCAUAGUGGAGUCGAGAGAUCCCAAACUGCUGCUACUCCUGCUGCUGCGGAACCAGGGCCCGUUUUACCGAUGGCUCAGAAGUUAUGGCUUUAUCGACGUUUGUUGCGUCAAAGCACAGAGAGCCUCAGAUAUUUGUUACGCAUCUUAUACUCACCCACUUAGCACGACGAGAACUAAGGCCGAAUCUAGCUCCUAGCUUCAAGCUCGAGUGUAAGCGACUCGAUCAGCUGGUACUACCCUCCUCCUCCGUUUCGUGACUCACGUAGGUGCGAGCGUCGGACGUUCCGCCUGUCAGCGCACCGCGAUGCGGCGAACACGCGAGCACUCCCAGGGCCCCGUGGGCCUUGCUCAACAGCAGACGAGCUUUCCGCCGUUUCAGCACACCGGCUUUCUAACGAACGUCGAUCAUUGCACAAGUAGUACAGCGAGUAGUGGCCUGGCUACUGCCGCCCUCCAUCAGCAUUACCACAGCUUGAAUCGUCAGUCGCCGUCGUCUUCACUAUACGUUGCUUCGGUACCGCGGACAAGCUCUCAUUCGCCGCGGCGUCGACGCGAAGCGGCCCCGCCGCCUUCGGCGGUGGCAUCGUGUGGCACGAGCCCGGCGGGGAGUCCCGCAAGCUUCCGCAGUGCGCGGAACCCUCGCGCCGCGGGCUCCCCUACGCGAGGCAGAAGCUCCCCCGCGUUUUCUCCGCGAUCGGCGCCGGAAAUCGUCGGCCGUGGGAUCACCAUGGGCCCGCCAGCAUCGUCGCGGCUGUCGCGCGUGCGAUGUGCGGAGCGGGUUCAGUGCGCGGAGCCCUACACCCCGCUCGUCUCGGCGAAAAGCGCGACGGAGAGUCUUUUCUCUCCGCGGUCGUCGAGCGCGGAGUCCGACGACCUUUACCCAGAUUCUCCAAUAGCAGGCUCUCCACACGACGACUUGUCGCAGCAGACGGGCCCACCUCGCAUGGCACGCCACUCGGGGGAGUCAUCUCACCCCAGAGAAUCACCUCGCCAGACGGGUGCACGCGAGCGCAGGGGUCCAGCGGGUUACAACCUCCGUGGCGACCAACGGCAGCAGCCGUACGAGUACACCCACUGCCACACGUGGCAGGCGGGGGGACGCGAGACGGGUGCGGCAGAGACGGGGCGGGGACCGCUGGCGUCCUCAGGUAGUUGCAGAACGAAUGGCCGGAAUCUGGGAGUUAGUGGGGAGAAGUUGACAGGGGUGGGGAGGAGCUUGGCAGGGUCGGGGAGAAGAGCAUCUGGACGGCUGUGCAGGAAGAUGGAGGACGAUGACGUGGAGGAUCAACGGCCAGGAAAGGGGGGUGGGUCAGGGAGGCUGCACAGGAGCAUGGAGGACGAUGACGUGGCGGACGAUGGUACGCUGCCACGUCAGCGUGCUCCAGGGGGGGUGUCACUAUCCACUGCGUAUGGCAACCCAUCACACCGCCUCGCGAGAAGAUUAGAGGAUGAUGAAAGACAGCAGGAGUGUAGCAGACGCGGCCAACCAAUCCCUCAGGCUCAGAAAACGGCGGCAAACCAGCUUCAUCGGAGCCUGGAGGACGACGAGUACUACCAGCACGGAUCUACCCGAGUGCCAGCAUCAGCCUCGCUCCACUCAGACGUUAGAGAUUGCAGAGACUCGCUCCGUGCUGGCCGUGCUGGGAGCGCUGGCAGGGUUGCUACAGGAUCCCUCUCACGGGCAGCCCAGGCAGCAGGAGCGGGCGCUGAUGGUGCUGCCAUAAGGCAGAGCAGCAGGCUGUGCAGGAGUCUGGAGCGGGAUGAGAUGGCGGCACAGGAGGCGUCCUGGCAGGAGAAGGUCGGCACUUGGCAGGUUGACGGCCUAGACUCGGCUGGCCAGCAUGGCUUGGUGGGUGGGAGGAAAAUGCCGAGCCAUAGUGCCAGGUUCGGUGAAGUGCAUGCUGAGGGUGUGACAAGUGAGGGUUGUGUGGCUGGGCGUGGAAGUGUGCGUGGUGGGCAGAGGGAAGGGGAGCAAGGGCCGGGUGUGCAGGGGAAGAGGCAGCCCAUGAGGCCGUGUCGGAGCUUGGAGGAGGAUGACAGGGAGGAUGGUAUAAUGGUUGGUGGCAAAAGCAAGUCAUCUGGGAGGUUAGAGAGAAGGCUGGAGGAUGAUGAAGAUGAUGAUGAUGAGGGCACAAACGGGGCAUCGGGAGAGCUUCAACAGCUACAUAGAAGGCUUGAACGUCAUUUGUCGGACGAUGAUGACGAUGAGGAAGAUAGGGCCGUGUACAUAAAAAGUCGAGAAAGUAACGGCCAAGUUACAAGCAAGGAAGUGAGGGGGCAUGGGCAAGCUGGAGCAGAGAAGGAUACGCAUAAGUCCAAGGGGCUGAUAAAGAGGUUAUUCAUCUUUCAGAGGGACUGAUGCUCCCUUGAAACCCUUUCCGCCAGGGUUCUCCUUGCAAAAAAUACCUGUCUGAUGGAUCGGACAAGGUUUGUGCAUUUUGUCUGAUGCACUGUUCAGGAUCAGAGAAAUCUUAAAUCCUUGUAUGAUUUUGCAGAGAAACCGAAGAAAAGUGUCUGAUUUUCCAGAUACACCAGGGAUG